UUCGGCGAAUUUUCUUGCAAGAUCUAAAAGUAUUUUUUAAAAAUUGUUUCAAAAAUACAAUAUCAAAUCAUAAAUAAAUAAUAAAAAAUAAAUUUUCAUGAAAUAUAUUUUGUGCAGUUUACCACAAUAAACAAUAAAUAUUUAAGUGGCAGAAUUAUUCUAUUGUUUCUAGAAAUUGCGUUGUAAAUUUUAUACAAUAUACUGGGUUGAGAUUCAUAACACAUAAUUCAGCUUUGGGGAAUUAUAUAAAAUGUAACUAAUUUUAUCGUAAUUAUAUAAAAACCAAAAUUCAGUUGUAAAUAUGAGUAGCCAAAGUCAUAAAAUUGGAUUAAGUCCAAAAAAUCGCACAGGAGAAAUUGAACUGACAGAACAAUUUUCUGCGCAAAUGGCUCAGUUAUGUAUGUCUGAUCAUUGUUCAGAUGUUACCUUCCUUGUAGAAGGGCAGAAGCUACCUGCACAUCGAGUGAUUCUUGCUGCAAGAAGCGAAUAUUUCCGAGCACUUUUAUAUGGAGGACUAUCAGAAUCGAACCAGGCAGAAAUUGCGUUGAAAAUUCCCCUAGAAGCGUUCAAAGUAUUACUUCAAUAUAUAUAUUCUGGUCGCAUGUCUUUAACAAAAAUGAAAGAGGAGACAGUAUUGGACACUCUGGGCUUAGCAAAUGAGUACGGAUUUACAGAACUUGAAGUUGCUGUAUCAGAACAUCUUAGGCAGAUAUUAUCUUUAGAUAAUAUUUGUGCUAUAUUAGAUGCUGCACGACUUUACAAUUUAGAAGCUCUAACAAAUGUGUGUCAUACAUUCAUGGAUAGAAAUGCAGCGGAAAUUUUAACGCAUGAAUCUUUUAAAUACCUUUCUAAAGAAUCUUUGGAAGAAAUUUUGAGGAGAGAUUCUUUUUUUGCUCCUGAAGUUCAAAUAUUUGUUGCCGUAAAUGAGUGGUGUAAAAAUAACAACAAUGUUGAUAUAGAGUCAGUCGUUUCUUAUGUGAGAUUACCAUUGAUGAACUUAGACCAGCUUUUAAAAGUUGUAAGACCGUCAGGAAUAUUAUCCCCUGAAAAACUUCUUGACGCAAUUGAAGAACAAACAACUUCAAAAUCACUGGAAUACAGAGGAGCUCUAUGGCUGGAAGAAAAUGUUGCUUCAAUGAAAUUUAAUUCUCGAACUAUUCAGGGUGAGUGGAGAUCUGCUUUACUAGAUGGACACAUUAUUCCUGAAUCUUAUGAUAUGGAGAAAGGCUAUACAAGACAUACCAUAACAGAUGCUAAUGAUUCGGGUAUAAUUGUUGAACUUGGAACUAUCAGUAUUAUAAAUCAUAUAAAAAUAUUACUGUGGGAUCAUGAUACAAGAUCAUAUUCAUAUUUUAUUGAAGUAUCAGUCAACCAAAAACAGUGGGAUCGUGUCAUUGAUUACUCAUCCUAUCAUUGUCGAUCGUGGCAAUUUUUAUAUUUUCCAGCAAAAGCCAUAAAGUAUAUUAAACUCGUGGGCACACACAACACCGUGAAUAAAGUUUUUCAUGUCGUGGCUUUAGAGGCUUAUUAUACUGCAAAUAUACCAAAGCUUGUAAACGGUUUUGUUGCACCGACACAUAAUGUAGCAACUGUUGAAAUGAGUGCAGUUGUGAUGGAAGGUGUAAGUAGAACAAGGAACGCUUUAUUGAAUGGUGAUUACAGCAAUUAUGAUUGGGACUCGGGAUAUACGUGUCAUCAACUCGGAAGCGGUGUUAUAUUGAUUAGAUUGGGUCAACCGUAUUAUAUUGGAUCAUUUAGGUUACUGCUUUGGGAUUGUGAUGAAAGGACUUAUGGAUUCUAUAUAGAAACUUCAACCAAUCAAAAAGAUUGGGAAAUGGUUGUUGAUAAAAGAAACGAACCGGCCCGGUCGUGGCAAAGUUUUCAAUUUACUCCAAGAGCAGUUGUUUUUAUAAAAGUAGUGGGAACGCAUAAUACAGCCAACGAAAUAUUUCAUGUCGUCCAUUUUGAAUGUCCAUCACAGGAUAUUAAUUUUUUUAAUCAACCAAAAAAGUUAGUUGAAACGGAAGAGCAUGUUGCAGAAAAAAUGGAAAAAGUUUAAUAAAGAAUCUAAUUUAUUGAAAUUUGGUAAAAUCACUACUAUUUAAUGCCGAUAUCUUUUUGUUAUUUCUUUAUCAAUAUUGUUAAAUAAUAAUUUGUUUAUUAAAAGAAGAUUUGAGCUACUAGAUCAAGUGGAUAAAAGUUUUUGAAUCUCUAGAACAAA